CGCGCCCCUGACACCAUAGAGGGGCGCGAGGCGGAGACAGAGCGCCGCCGCGCCCCGCUUCCGGGCGCGGGGCCCGAGGCCGCCCCGCGCCGCCACCGGCAGAGCGCGCGGGGGCCGCCAGCUCCCCCUGCCGGCGACGGCGGCGCCAUGGCGGAGCUCGGGGCCCACCUCACGGCCGCCCCGGCCGGCGACGACAGGCCCUCCAUCUUCGAGGCGGUGGCGCAGGACAGCCUGAUGGCCGCCGUGAAGCCCGCCCUGCAGCACCUGGCCAAGGUGCUUGCUGAGUCUAAUCCUGCCCGAUAUGGCUUCCUCUGGCGUUGGCUUGAUGAGAUCUACAUCCUCCUGGAUUUACUGCUCCAGCAGCAAUAUCUGGCCAGGUGCAGUGCCUCUUUUUCUGAAAACUUCUAUGGCUUAAAGCGGGUAGCAAUAGGAGACGGCAAGCAACAAGCGCUGGCCAGUGCUGGCCUGCCAAAGCAGCAGCACUGGAAGUCUCUCCUUUUGCUUGUUCUUGUUCCUUACCUGAAAGGAAAGCUAGAGAAACUGGUGUCCAGUCUAAGGGAAGAGGAUGAGUACUCCAUCCACCCUCCCUCAUCAUCCUGGAAGCGCUUUUAUAGAGCCUUUCUAGCCGCCUAUCCAUUUGUAAACAUGGCCUGGGAGGGCUGGUUUCUUAUCCAGCAACUGUGCUAUAUCCUCGGGAAAGCUCAGCAUCAUUCGCCCAUGCUGCGGCUGGCUGGUGUUCGCCUGGUGAGACUGACUGCAGAUGAUAUCCAGGCCUUGGAGAAGAAAUUUGCAGCAGCCGCCCCGAGCCAGGCACACAGCAUUAAAACACAAGUCCAGUCAGCAAUGAAGAAAGCAUUGGAUGGCAUUGCUUUCUCCCUGUCCACCGGGUUGUCUGUUGGUGUAUUCUUCCUUCAGUUCCUGGACUGGUGGUACUCCUCGGAAAACCAAGAGACCAUCAAAUCUCUGACAGCGCUCCCUACUCCUCCACCGCCAGUGCAUCUUGACCACGGGGUGGACUCAGCUCUGUUACCUAAAUUGAAGACCAUGUGCCCGCUGUGCCGCAAAAUUCGAGCCAAUGCCACGGUCCUGUCCACGUCUGGCUAUGUAUUUUGCUACCGCUGCGUGUAUAAUUAUGUGAAGACUCACCAACGAUGCCCAAUCACAGGCUAUGCCACAGAGCUACAGCACCUUGUCAAACUGUAUUCCCCUGAGAGCUGAAAGGCCUGCUCCGUGCUCUCACAGAGCUGCAUCUCUGAGACUAAGCAGCAGGGCCACUGGGUAGCGGUGAGCCUGAAUUUGCCCCUUCUGAGUCCUCAAGACCACUAUCGACCAUUACAACUUUUAAGUGAUCUCUAAAGCUCCUUUGAGCCCUGCAGCACAUUACAGAGUUUUGCUGCCUUGGUAAAAUUUGGUAAGGCUCUCCCUCUUGUUUUUUAGCCAUACAACAUCCCAUGACAAAGCUCCAGAGGGGUUAGACUGUCAUGAUCUGUCAGUCAGCAUAGAAAUGCCUCUGAAGGCAAACUCAGUGGGAGGAAACAAUGAUUUGGAUAAUAAGAAUGCAGAUGUGAAGACCAAAGAGCACUGCUGGCAAAAGGCCUGCUGGAGGGCAUGGCCAGCAAAUUGGAGAGCUACAAAAAAAAAAAAAAAACGGCCCAGGCAAGCUUUGGCAGCUUCGCAGACUCUAGUACUGCCUGGGGCAGGCUCUGGCACUAGUGCCUCCUAAAGAGGCAGAGACAGGCUUAGAUCUCUUCUCCGAUCAUGGUGUUUUUAAGAGUCUCCAUGCCUUUUCAGGCUACUCACCUCUGAAUUAAUGAGAACAUUACACCUCUAAUUCCCAUCAACAGUUCUAAAUUAAGAUUUUGGCUCUUUAAAGGAACGAGGGGUGAUGUGUACAAACACUGAUACAAAACCACAGGGGAGGAACACAAACCAGAUUAAAGUAGCAAUUGUGCCAGUUCAUGAGAUUUUUUUUUGUUAUUGUUAAAUGUGUCCUCAAAUCUGUCCUUACCUGCUUUUGUAAAGCAAAAUUCUUUCUUGAUUUAGCACCCAACUGCAUUUGUUUUUUUCCUAAUGUUUGGAAAACAAAGUUUACUCCUCUGGGGUCUUUAUUUGCACAAUGGGGACUAGACUAAAGCUGCUUUUAUUUUUGCAGAUGAUGAUCAUGGCUAUAAGAUUGGUAUUUUGCAGGCUGAGAAUUUUUAAUGUCUGUGUUUGAAUUUAGUAUUACAUUGCAGUUAUUCCAGUCCCAGUCUAAACUGAUCAUGUAGCACAUUCAUACCACAAUGAAGCAUGUCCUUUCAUUGAACAGGGGAGAAAGGAAGUGUGCAUGAUGUUAUGGGUGCUCCUUGCUGCAGACCACUGAGUGAUCAGACACAUGAUUUUUCCUCGAUGGAAGGUUAAUUUUCUUGACUCAGCUCUAGGGAGCAGCAGUUAGCUACUCCAGACAUCAUAGUGACACUGCCUAUAGAAUAUGAAGCAAAGUUUGCUGUGCAGAGUAUAUGGUCUUUCCAGAUUGAGAGAUAUGCUCUAACAUUUAAUUCAUAAACCAGUAAUCUCAUUUUACCCCCAUUUUCCCUGCUUCAUAAGACAGAAAUCGAUAAAAUCCUCCCUCAUCUGUGAGCAAGAUAACAAGUGUAUUGAAUAAGCUGGAAAAAUACAAUAACUUGUAUCCUCCCAAAGGUCCUCUUAAAAAAAAAAAACGAAAAAAAAAAAACUUUUCUAACAAAUGAGAUGGGUCCCCAAUGCUUGUCUUAUUAUUUCUAUACAACUGCCAGCCCCUUCUACCUCUGCAGCUAUGGGAUAAGAACAAAGACUGUCACAUUUUUCUUCCCUCCAGUAGUUAUGGGACCAAUAAAAAGAUACCUCUUUUCCUUUAGAAACCUGUUAAGAGUACACACAUCUUACUGGAAAAGAAAUCACAUCCAAUGCAAGAUUUUCUGAGAUUUUAAAUCACUUUUAAUAUAGCUGGCUUUGGGCCUGAUAUUAACUCAUACCACUUGCUACAUCAGUUUUGCUUCAUACACUGAGAUUAUCAUCUCUAAUGAAAGGCUAGUAUCCAAGAUGCUCCAUUGUUGCUACCUGGUCUUAAAAUAACCAGUCUGAUUAUACAGACAUGGCGCUGGCUGUCCCAUUAACUCCAGUGCAACUGCUCAUUUAAUAAGAGCUGCAGGAUUUGAGUGACUAUUCAGUUUUAGGAUAGGUUUGUUUUCCUUUGGUCCUUCCUAUACUUUGCAAAUUCUCUCUCUAUUGCUCAGUGAGAAGCUGGGCAAGCAGAUAAUGAUCGACCUCAGAGACACAGGACAGAAGAGUGACUGAUGCAGACUUACCUGCCAGCAUGGUAGAUCUUUUGGGCAGGAUUCUCAGCCUCCUCCCCUCUAAUCCAGGAUUUACUAGUAACUAGUGGCCAGCACAGCCCCGUUCCCUGCACUCAUGCUGCUCCAGGGCCAAUACACCUCAUUCUCUCAUGGUUAAUAGCUGUUUCCCUCCCCAGAGUGGCCACUGGAUGUCAUCCUGUUGGGCUCUGGCUGCCUUCCAUUCCGCCUCCCUCCUCCACCAUACUGUACAAUGCUGAAUUCCUGCCAAACUGAGAUUUGGCCAACUCCACGGCAGCUCUGGGACCUGCUCUGAACCACCCACAUCUAAGCUUCACAGUUUAGGACAGCUGUAAUUAUUCUUUUGAAUGUUAAAUUGCUCUUUAAAGCCUAUCUGACUAACAGGCAUUAAGUCCACAAUGGUGACAGACUUGGCAGUUACCUGGCAGAUUUUAUUAGUGUUCCUGCAGGUGGCUGCAAGCAGCAUGGAUUUGACUGAUUCUGCUAACUGGCCUGUCCUGAGUAGCCAAAUACCUAUCUGUCACAUUAAGUUAGCUGCUCUAAACAAUGCUACGAAAUGAAACCAAUUCGUAUUACACAAACAUCCCCUUUAUCUACUUUGUACAGUGUAAUAGUACUGUUAAAGCCACGAUGGUAUCAAGACAUACAAGCAAAGACUUGUUAAGGAAAGAAAUACUCUUUAUUAUACCAGUCUUCAGAUUUACAUACCAAUUGUGAGUGCUAUACACUCAUGUAUCAUAUAUAUGCUCAGGAAGCUUUGUUCUGUUGCUUAAUAGAAUUACUUCAACAUUAACAGUGGCACUGGAGUUACCUAAUACAUCACUGUCAUAACUUGACUUUUCAAGUGUUUUAAAAGAUGUUUAAUGAAGCUAACCCACAUUCACAACUCAGUCACUGUUCAAAAAAUGGGUGCAUUAACAACUGAGUUGCUUUCCCUACUUCCUUAACAGAAACUGCAUGCCUCUCUUGCUAAGAGAGAACCACCGUAUCUAUUCUCCUAGAUUUGAUAAAAACAAAACCCCCCACGUAACAUACACAUCCCCCCAUAGAAGCUUCCCUCUCCACGCAAGUGAGAAAUGAAUGUAAAGCUGUUACUGAGACCUAGAAGAAAAUGAAAACAGGAUUAGAGAACACCCCCAUAUCUUCUCUUGCACCUGCUUAUGAGCACAGCCUUUUUGGCCAGUAAAAGGGCUGCACCUUACCCUUACACAGGCCCAUGUGCUUCUGUUUGUCCAACCCCUCACUAAUUGCAAACUAUCGAGUCAAACAUCCAGGUGAUACUGAUGGCUUGGUACUGAUAGUUGGUUUACUAACAUGUAGUAUAUACCAUCUCCUGUGAAGAGCUGUGGGGAAUGCUUGCUUACUGCAUUUUUGUCAAUACCUGAAUUUCAAUGUCCUCUGCCCUAUCAGAAGGGAAGCAGCCAUGCUACCCCGCUGCCAGGCCCUCCCAUCUCUUAUCUGACAUGCAGCCUGACAGAGAGCAGAGCACCAGAGCUAGACCCAACGGCACAGCUCACUUCUAAAAAUACUCCUGUCUCAGUGCUCGCCAUCACUAGAUGAUAAUACAGCUGAACCAAAUGGUAAUGAGGUCUCUACAGGAUAACCUGCAUUUUGCAGAGUCUGCAUUGCAUUUACAAAUGGAAAAUACAAUGGCACAACAUCUGGAGUUUGGUAAAACACAUCCCACACGUGGGAGAGAAACCAAGAACCCCCCGUCACAGCAAGCUCAGUACUAAAACCAGUGUUGCAGCAAGAUACAGAAGUCCAAACAAGUAUUUGCACAACUCACUUUUCAAAUCAAGGCUGAACUUUUUUCUGCUGCUAAAAAAAUCUGCUAAAAAGGUCAUAAUAUUUUUCACUACUUUUAAGAGCUGCAUCAAACACUUUCAAGAAACAGCAAAGUUUCUUUUCAUCCAAGCCCUAGAUGAACUUAACCUAAAUAAGCUCAGAGAGAAGAUUACAUGAUCAUGCCCUGGUCAGAGCAAAGACACAGAGUCUCAGCAAUACCAGUUCAGAUAAUACUUCACUCAUCAUUGCUUUGGGCAAAUCUCAUUUCUAUUCUCAACUCUGUUCUCAACACUGUUCUCAAGUCAGGAACCAGAAAAGUAUUCUCAGGGGAGAAAAAAAAAUAAAACAACAAACAUAACUGGUUCUGGGUUGAUUCUUUUCAGGAUCAAAUGGUUUUCUACAGGACAGACUUCUCUGAAAUAAAUUAAAAACUGACCCUUGCUAGAUAAGACAGGAGUAGCAAUUACGAGAUGUAAAAACAGAACCCCUAAUUGCUAUUUCUACCUUACUGUACUCUUCUCUGCACAGCAGCACUGAGGAGGUGGUACUUUGCAUGAUCAAUAAAGAUGGAUUCUCCACCUAGA